AACCACCGCUUUCCGCCGCAUACGGCCACCCUCAGCCGUCGCUGCACCACCUCUCACCACCAACAUCCGCCAGGCUGUUACCCAUUCCAUGCCUCCAGAAAAAGUCGACAUCUUUAAGUCGCUUGAAUCUUGGGCUGCUGAAUCCGUCCUCCCACUCCUCAAACCCGUCGACCAAUGCUGGCAGCCGACUGAGUUCCUUCCGACGUCUUCACAGCCGUUUGAUCAAUUCACUGAUGAAGUGCGAGCCCUACGCGACCGGUCGUCCGAUCUGCUGGACGACUACUUUGUGGUUCUCGUUGGUGAUAUGAUCACCGAGGAUGCUUUACCAACGUAUCAGACCAUGAUUAACACCCUUGAUGGGGUGCGGGAUGAGACCGGUGCAAGCCCCAACCCAUGGGCCAUGUGGACCCGGGCUUGGACCGCCGAAGAAAACCGCCACGGUGACUUGCUUCGUACCUAUCUUUAUCUUUCGGGUCGGGUGGAUAUGAAAAUGAUCGAAAGGACUGUCCAGUACUUGAUCGGAUCCGGCAUGGAUCCAGGAACAGAAAAUAACCCGUAUUUAGGGUUCGUUUACACUUCGUUUCAAGAACGCGCCACUUUCGUGUCACACGGCAACACAGCACGGCUAGCCAAGGACGGCGGAGAUCCAGUGCUGGCACGGAUAUGCGGCACCAUAGCUUCCGACGAAAAACGCCAUGAAAAUGCUUACGUGAAAAUAGUGGAGAAACUACUGGAAGUGGAUCCGACGGGUGCGAUGAUGGCGAUUGCAGACAUGAUGAGGAAGAAGAUCACGAUGCCAGCUCACCUGAUGUACGACGGGCAGGAUCCAUCUUUGUUCGAGCAUUUCUCGGCGGUGGCACAGAGGCUCGGGGUUUACACAGUGGAUGAUUACGCUGAUAUAUUGGAGUAUUUAAUCGGACGGUGGAAACUGGAGAAGAUGGAAGGAUUGACGGGUGAGGGAAGGCGUGCACAGGAGUUUGUGUGUGGGUUAGCGCCGAGAAUCAGAAAGUUGCAGGAACGAGCAGAUGAGCGGGCAAAGAAGAUGGGACCGCGUGGUGUGAAGUUUAGUUGGAUUUUCAAUAAGGAGGUUAGGGUGUAAAUUGGUCAAAUUUUGGUCUUUUCUUUUCCUUUUCGUAAGCUU